AUGAAAACCCAAAAACAACAACAACAACAAAACCAACCACAUAAAAAUAAAAAUAAUAAAAAAGAUGGUACAUCACCACCAUCCUCAACAAAUGAAAAUUAUAAAUUAAAAUCAUUUUUAUUAAUAAUAUUAACAUCGAUAAUAAUAAGAUUGGUAUUAUUUUAUCAAGGUUUUGAUCAUUUGUUUUCGAAUAGAAAUGAAAUUGCCACACCAUUAACAAGUUUUAAAAGAUUGAUUGAGGGUAUUCAUUUAAGAGAGUUGGGACUAUCACCAUAUGCAGGAUCAGUAUAUCAUCAACCACCAUUAGUUUUAUUAUUAUUUUUACCAAUUUUAAAGAUGAAUGAAUUUAUUCAAUUUAAUAUAACAAGUUCACAAUUAUUUUUUGUAUUGGUUGAUUGUUUAAUUGCAGUUUCAUUAAGAGAAAUCACUAAAUCAGUUUCAAAGGUAUUACCAAAUGAAAUGAAACCAUUAUCUAAAGAUUCAAUAUUACCAAAUUUAACAGCAGCUUUAUACUUGUUCAAUCCAUUCACUUUAUUUACAUGUGUUGGUAUGAGCACUAUUAUUUUAACAAAUUUAGCAAUAGUAUUAUCACUCUACUUUUCAUUAAAGGGCAAAUUAUUCCUCAGUGUUUUCUCAGUAUCAAUGUCUGCUUAUCUAGGAAUUUAUCCAAUCAUUUUAAUUUUCCCAGUUGCUUUCAUAUUAAAACAACACUAUUUCCCAGAUGUCAAUAGUAAACCAGUAGCCGAUAAUCAACUCUCUUAUGAACAAUCUCAAAAUAUUUCAAAUCUCUUAAAAAAAAGUGAAAAGCCAAUGGUCCUUUUAUUCUACUUUAGAAUUUCAAUUCUUUUCUUCUUUUCAAUUAGUUCAUUAUUUUAUUUAUCUUAUACAUUUUUAAACUCUUGGGAAUUUUUAGAAAAGUCUUAUAAAUUUACAUUUUUAGUUGAAGAUUUAACCCCAAAUAUUGGUUUGUUUUGGUAUUAUUUUAUUGAAGUUUUCGAUCAUUUUAGAAAUUUGUUUUUAUUUAUUUUCCAAUACCAUGUAUUCAUCUAUACAAUUCCAUUAGCCAUUAGAUUAAAGCAUCACCCAUUAUUCUAUUUUUGGACAUUAUGUGCAAUCAUUGCAACAUUUAAAUCAUACCCAGCAUUAGGUGAUACUGCUCUCCAUAUUUCAUUAUUACCAUUACUCUAUGAACCAUUAAAAGGUGUAAAAUAUAGUUUCAUAGUUAUUGUAGUUGCAAUUUUUGUAACCGUUUUAGCCCCAAUCCUUUGGCAAAUGUGGAUCAUUCAAGGUACUGGUAAUGCCAAUUUCUACUAUACUAUCAAUUUAGUAUUUACAAUUUCUCAAGUUUUAUUAAUUAUCGAUGCAUUAUCAGUUUUAUUGAAAUUAGAUUAUGUCAAUAAAAUGAAUGAAAAACAAUUAAGAGAACAAUCAUUAGGACAACAAUCAAAUGAUACUGUAGAAGAUAAUAAAAAAACAAAUUAA